AUGUGGAACCACUACCAGGAACCACAGUUCCUAAAGGGUACUCCAGCUGGCCUGCUUCUGGGGGUCGUGGCCUUGCUGAGGUUGUUGGGGACACAUGGCUACGAUCCAGCAGGUAAGUGGGGCUUGGGGUCUGUGGCUGGGGUGAGACCUUUAUCUUGCAGUCCCUUUGACCAGGCCCACCCUAGAGCUCUCACUCAGCCAUCCUCUUUAAGCAUGUUCCCACCAAAAAACAACCCAGAUCUUAAUGAAGCCAGACCCACCCAUUUUUGGAGCUGCCUGUGUUCCAUGAGAGGUGAAUAGUAGCUAUGUUUUAUUCAGAUUAACUAGGGCAGAAGAGAAAAGCAAAAUGAUGGUCAUCUUCUGGGCUCCUGAGACAAGUCUGGUUAAGGAGGUUCAACAUAAAAGAGGCUCCCGUUCCACCCAUUACAGCGUCCUGAUAAUUUUGGCCCUGUGUCUGAGGCUUUGGUGCAGGCAGAUGUUGAAAGUCAGGGCAUCCAACCAGCUCUUCAACAUACCUGGUGGAAUAUUAUCACGAUGCCUGCCUUAGGGCCUGAUUCUCUGUUUGCUGUGAGCUGGAAAAUCCAGGAUUCAAAUGGCCCUUCCACCUAAAAAUUGGUGUUGAAGCAAUAAUUCAUUUCGCACCGUCUCAGUCGGCACUUGGUGUUCUGCUAAGUAGGUAGCUGUCGAAACGUCUGUAUAUAUUGGAGAAGUGAAAGCAAACCACUCUCGCUAUCACCCUGAGAGUUUGGAGAGAUGAUUAAUAUGUGUCCCAGGGGAAGUGGCGGGACAGAAGAAAAACACAAAUGGAAAAUAUCAUGGGACAAACAGAAGACGAUCACUUAGGCUGAGACAGCUGCUCCAUUUGUUUCAGGUGUAUCUUCAUGGCUUCAAACGGGGGCCUUGCCAGCCCUAUCUGAGCAUUCUAGAGACCAGGGGCGUUGGAAGGGGAGCGGUGGGGGCGGUCCGCCCCGGGUGCCCUCACUGAGGGGGGUGACAUUCAACAUGCCUCCUGCCCGCAACUCCCAAGCCUAUCCCGAGCCUUCGGGGUAAGGGGGGAGCUGCGCCACUUUGCCAGUGGCAUUUCCCCCCUCCCCCCUUCAUUUUGACAGCUUGGGGGAGGCUUGGGAGUUGUGGGCAGUGCGCCGAAUGUCCGCCAUGGACGGCUCACUCCUCCCCCAACUGCAGGGUGUGCGUGUGCCACUCCAGGUACCCAAGUGGCUAUCCCAUGCCUGGGGGGGCAGCCUCCAUGCCACGCCCCCUCGGGAGCAUGCCCACCCUGGGCAGCGUGGACAUAUGGUCCGCCGCUGCUAGAGACUCAACCUAGACCUUUCAUUUGCAAAGCGUGAGCCUCACCACAGAACUGUAUCUUUGAAACUUUGACCUUUAAGGUUUGCAGCUGUAUUAUUUUAAAAGGCCACUUUAGAAGCCACAGCACACAUCAUUCUGAAAGAGGAAACAUUUGCAGAAGAAUUUCCCCAACCUCUGUUUCCGCAAAAAAUUCCAGGGGGAAACAAAACAAAACAACCUGAAAUAAAAAUACGUACACACACACACACACACACACACACACACCUUCUCCUUUCCCAAUUGCCCUUCAAGGUCAGUUCUGUAAUUCUGCACCUUGACUGCCAUGUUCCUGUCAGGAGUUCAGCCUACACUCGAGUAGGACCCUGGCAGAGACACAUGCCCGACUGUCAUGUUCUCUCCCUCCUGGUCGAUUGUCUGGGAGCUUCAAAAGCUUUCUUCUGUCCAAACAUCACAGCGACCGAUGCCAACAGACACCGGCACACUUAGGGAUCCGCAAGUCUUCGCAGCUUGCGUAACAGACCUCAGCAACUCAGCAUUUUGGCUAAUCUACUAUAUGUAAAUAAACACACACGGAGCACUGCAACACGGCUCCCUCUCUCUCUAGCAUCAGACAGCAGAGAGAAAAAGAACAAAGGACAAUAGUCCCACUUCACGGAACACAGGAACACAAACAUCCUGUCUUUGUCACUUCCCACUUUGUGGAGUCAAAACAUACACCGUCAUGUGAUAAACAAAAAUCCCAUGACUGCAAUCAUAGAUCAGGAAUUGGAUUGUCUUUUAAAAGUUGGCAGGCCCGUGACAUCAUAGAGCCCCACCCUAUGAUACAUACGUAAGUGUCCUCUCUCCCAGUGCUCCCCCCCCCCAGAGGUACUGAAGGGCUCGCAAUACUAACACCAUUUUCCCUAGAAGUAAAGAACUGCACUAUCCUAUGAAGCUCAGGCUGUCUUAUGCCACAAUGUCCCCUUUUGUGGGAUAUUCAAUCUGCCUUUGCACAAACUGGCCACACGAUGGCACCAUUGACUGCCAAAAACAGGAGCUGAGACCUCAGAAUCAAACUUCCUUGCAUACUGAGAAGUUUCUUUUCUUUUCUUUUUAAAUCACUUUUAUUAUAUAUCAGUUUACAUCAAUUUACAUUCAACUUAGACAAUACAUACAAUACACACCACUACAUAGACACACUGUAGACACUAACUUCCGAUUCUUCUCGUUGUGCUAUUUUACAUUUUGUUUAUCUAUACACAUUUCAUUAUUAUUAUUUUACUUUCCCAUUUUUUAUCAGGAAAACUUUGCUAUGUACUUUCUCUAUAUUUAAAGAUUCAAUCUAAGUCUGUCAGGAGGUAAACAUUGUCACAGUAAUUCUUAAGAUAUUCUUUAAAUAUUAUCCAAUAUUAACUUUCUGUAUUGAAUUUCCUUUUAUUCUCCCUGUCAUCUUUGCGACUUGUAAAUAUUCUACCCUUUUCACUUGCCAGUCGGUUUCUGUAGGGGUGCUAUCACCUUUCCAAUUCUUUGCUAUUAAAAUCCUAGCCGCUGCGGUUGCGUACAUAAAAAGAGGUCUGAGAUUUUUCUUAAUUUCCUUGCAUACUGAGAAGUUUCCAGGGUAAUCCAGACCUGUCAAGGCCUCCCAAGUGUUUACUGGUUUGAAGAUCAGACAUGUAGCACAUACAAAGGACAGGCGUUUCUUCGUGUGUGUGUUUUGCAAAGGUGCAUUUGCCAUCACCAACAAGCCUCCCAUAAAGCCACAGAGAGCCAUCCCAGCUCAUCCAGUAUUAUAAAUAUUUAUUACAUUUUUAUGCCACCUACUAGCUCAGUCCUCUGGGUGGUUUACAGCAUUAUUAAAAAUAUAAACUUAUAAACGUCUGUGAAAAGUGACGGGGGGAACAAGCAAAAAACAAUAAGCAAUACGUACCAGUAAAUGCAACCCUCAACUAUCAGAAAACCACCACAAGAACAGCAGCAUAAAACCUGUUUCAAGCCAGCAUAAAGCAAGUAAUGAACACAAGAAGAGACUUGGGAUUUGUCGACACUGGACCUGGAACAAGUGGGUUUCCCCAAGCUCCGCUCCUUUCCCAUGGGAGACCUGCUCUUUAGUGCUAAAUCGGAGCAAACAUCAAUCUGGAGAAAAUCUGAAUUGCUGUUUGCUCCUAUUGAGCACUAAAGAGUGGUCUUCCCUGGGAGAAAUGAGCAGGCCAUGAGGAAGGGUGGAUGAGCCCGUUGACAAUAAAACUGAGCCUAACAGUGUUUUGGAGACGUCUGCAAAUGCAGCUACACUAAGGGCAUGGGUCCAAGAAGUUUUUCAUUUGUCCUGCCCCUAUCCCAGGAAAAGCCCUCUGUUUACUGAUAAACUGGUAUAGACAUCAGUCCGCAGAAAACCUGACUGGUGUUUGUUCCAAUUCAGAAGUAAAGAGAGGAUUUUCUCAGGGAAAACAGCAGGGCAAACAGAAACCCCUUUGGGCGUGUGACUAGAACUCACAGGACAAACGCAAAUGUGGCUGAGCCCUAAAUAUGGAGGCUAGGGGCUCACCAGGUCAUAGCUGUCAACUUUUCCCUUUUCUUGCAAGGAAUCCUAUUCGGAAUAAGGGGAUUUCCCUUUUUAAAAAGGGAAAUGUUGACAGCUAUGCAUCAGGUGUGCCUUUUGCCCCAAGGAAACCCCAUCUUUACCACUGAAUCAGAGCAAAUGUCAAUCAAGUUUUCUCUGGAUUGAUGUUUGCUCCAAUUUAUUUCUUGUGAAGGAAAAAAAUUCCUGGGUGAGAGACUACUCAACAGCCCAGCUGGUCGGGGUGCAAGUCCCCUGUGGGUCCAUGCGGUCAGUAAAAGAAGGAAGCUCCAGCCAAGUAAUUUGGAGCAAAACAGCAGUCAGUAGACCAUGAUCUUUAUUGUUGCGCAACAGGUCCCCACAGGAGUAAGAACCCUGAGUAAGGGGUGACCUCCUCUUUUAAAACUUCCCUCUUUCCCCCAGAAUACACUUGGAGCAGCACAUAGAGACAUCAUCACUACAUCACUAGCAUGUCACAAAUGGGGAGGGGUCUACAAGGGUGAUACAAGUUCAACAUUAGUUCCCUUUAUCACACCCCUUUCCCAACACCUCUUAAGUCCCCAUCACCAGAAGAACAAUAAAACUCUCUCUAUAUCCUUGCCCUCAGGAUUUGCCUGGAGAUGGGCUUUCAGAAGACCUCACUUGCUCCACUGCCUCUGGGGAUGUCUAUUGUUGCCCCCCCUGGUUGCUCCCUGGGUGGGGGCCAUGUACAUGCUCCCACACUUGGGGAAUUAUGGAGGGAUGCUCUGUUCCUGCUGCCUACAUGACUUCCUGCUUCUUGGUUCAUGGAGGGAGGUGGAGCCCAAAUUCCCCUUUCUUUAAGGGUUAAAAUGGCCUUGGAAUGAGGAGAGUCGGUUGAAGUAUGGAUUUUCUACCAACUUAUAAAGCUAGGUAUCUUCCCUGAGCUGUCAAGUCGAAAGGAUACAUUCAGGCAUAAUAUUUGUAGCAUUGUAAUAACUUUAAAGAUCCCCCCCCCCCAUCAUUUCCGUAACACACUGGAGAUGUGUGGGUCCAGAUGUGGGGUGGAGAGGAUCUUUGGCCCUGGAGAUGUUGCUGAACAUGAGCUCUGGCCAUGCUCUCUGGGGCUGAUGCAAAGGGAAGUAUAGCUGGCGCAAGUAUGGCUUAAUUCAUGGCCAAAAUUUGCUGCUGGUAUUUCUUGAGCCCCAGCAGCUUAACUUCUUGAAUGAAGCUCCCCACACCCAUAUUUCUUGAUGCCAGGCUGGAGCAAAGUUCCCUGGCAAGUUUGGCCCCGUCAGCUGCAGAGCCUUUCGUCCUCUGGUGCUUUCUUGAAGAAGUCGGUUAGGUGUUUGCUGCGCAUUCCUGAAGUCCUGCCUCCCUGAGCCGCUUUCAAUGUUCUUUCCUUCCCAUCAGACUGCGGGAAACGACCCCUGGCCCCCAUCCACGGCGGCAGCAUGAGAAUAGUGGGUGGUGUUGACGCCCUGGCUGGAGAGUGGCCCUGGCUUGUCAGCGUCCAGAUCCCCUCUUCCAAGGGAACGCGGCACUCGUGUGGGGGAUCCGUCCUUUCCAAGCGCUGGGUCCUCACAGCAGCUCACUGCUUCAAGACUAAGAGAAGGCAAGUACGAAAGAUGGCAGGAAAAUGGACAUCUCUGGCCUGCUGAGGACAGGCAGAAUGUCCCCGAGGUGGAAAGACAAGGCAAGGUUUCUGCCACAGGCUGAAGAUGUGCGGUGCUUCUGAGCAUGUGCAGAUUGCCUUUGUCUUUCCACAAGAACCUCUCCAACAUGUCAGAAUAUGUGGGGAUGUUCAGGGUGGCAGGAGAGGAUAUAUUGUUUAUUAAUAUCCUUCCUAACUUACACUUGCAAGUUCCUUUACUUAGCAGAGUGCAUUCCCCUUUACACAGCAGAAAAUUAGUUGCAGACUGGUGUGAGUUUCUUAAGACAAUACGCAAUUCAACCUGGCUUGUCCAGCUUGAAAUGUGUUCUAAUAUUUUCCUGGUAAGACCCCUUGAAUCCCUCCUAAUUGAAUAAAGGCACCACAGUCUUAUUCAUAAGCAGUGAAAAGAAAGUUUAUUCACGACCAGGCAGAGCACAGUGUGAUCCCUGAAGGCAGGCUUAAGGCUUCAAGUUACAAACAUGUACAAACAUGUUAGUGGUGUGAAGUAGGGGGAGGAGAGAGAGGUGGGAACAUAUUGUUUAAAAAGGUGUAGUCAUAGGUAUAUCAGUGUAUUCGAAUCUGAAUUGUCAAAUUGUGUUAUUAUUGCUAUUAUGGUUUUGGUUGUUUGUGUCAUUUGCGGUUGUUGUGUAUCGAAAAAAUGAUUAAAUAUUUUUUAAAAAAAAUGUACAAACAGGAUUACCCAUAAGGGAGAUGACCUGGGCAACUGCUUGGCUGGAAAGCAGGAUGAAAGGAAGAUGGAAAAGAAAGAGAGUGGCAGUAUGCCUUGUCCUUUUACCUGGACAGGUUAGGUCACGCCCACCCACUAGUCACAUGCAAGGAAGGAUGCUCCAGGCCAGGAGGAACAGGAAGUUUCAACUGGCUGGACCAAACAUCCCCUUGUAUGUCCACUCUAGCAAAACAAGGAAUGUUGUACUUGACUGCUCCCAGUGGAUUACAUCCCGCAGAAUAGUGGGCAGAGAUUCUAGGCAGACUCAGCUGCUUGCUAGAAACUGGACACUAGUGGGAGGCUGUCUGCUUCCUCCUGUCCUUUCGCCAUGUCUCAGAAACUUUAUGUUGCCUCAUCUGCACAUCAGGUGUUUCUCUGCAGUGGGUCACCCCUUCCCUGCUGCAGAAGCUGUUUGUGCAGUGGCUGGUUCUGAUACCUGGCUGAUUCUCAGGGGUGGGGCGUUCAGAGGGACAAGAGGAGCAGCUAUUCUGAUACAUGUACUUUGUGAUUUAAAUGACCGUCCAGAAUGCUGGCAAGCCAUUUUGGACUAACUGUAAAAGUAUACAGGCACAUUAACAUGGAUCUAUAGGUAACUUCAGCCCAGUGCAGUGUCCCAGCAAAAUGUGUGCAUCAGUCAGUUCUAGUAUUUGCUUGGUGCCAGCAACCAACAAAGCCACAAUACUGGUAUGUUAAUAUCUGCAUGAAGCUGGAAUUGGUGUAAAUAGUCCAACUGUGCCUCAUAGCUUAAUAAUAAUAAUAAUAAUAAUAAUAAUAAUAAUUUCUUAUUUAUACCCCACCCAUCUGUUUCCCCAGCCACUCUGGGCGGCUCCCAAUCGAGUAUUAAAAACAAUACAGCAUUAAACAUUAAAAACUUUCCUAAACAGGGCUUCCUUCAGAUGUCUUUUAAAGAUAGGAUAGCUGCUUAUUUCCUUCACAUCUGAAGGGAGGGCGUUCCACAGGGCAGGCAGGCACCACCACCGAGAAGGCCCUCUGCCUGGUUCCCUGUAACCUCACUUCUCGCAGCGAGGGAACCGUCAGAAGGCCCUCGGAGCUGGACCUCAGUGUCCAGGCUGGAUGGUGGGGGUGAAGACGUUCCUUCAGGUAUACAUGUUUAUCAGUAUUAGGGUGUCCAGGAAUUAUUAUUUCCCCUGUUUUUGCAGCAGUAGCCAGGGAGAACUCUGUUUAAAAGAACUCCAGAGGGCCUUGCGCUAACCAUGUUCUGUUUUACCUGCAGCUCACUGAAUCGCUGGAGGAUUGUGGUGGGUGCAACGGACCUUUCCAAGUUGCCGGACGAUGUGCAAAUCCGCUCGGUGCACAAAGUCCUCCUCCACCAGGAUUACAACCCGCGCACAGAGGCCAACGACAUUGCACUGAUAAAGCUUGAGAAACCUGUGACAUUUAGCGACUACGUUCAGCCAGCCUGCCUGCCUCCUGUCACCAUGGGCUCUGAUACCAGCUUCUCAGACUGCCACAUCAGUGGCUGGGGCACCACCUCCCAGAACAGUGAGAGACUGGGAGCAGAGGGAGGCAGGGACUGGGGGCAGCUCAAGUAGGGGUGGAAACGCAGCUGUGUAGAUAACACACAGGGCAGGGGGAGAUAGAGGUGCUGCUGCGGAUGGCUGGUAUCCCAGUCCCCGCAAACUUCAGAUCUGGGAGAACAGGGAUUAAUGAAGGCUUAUUUCAGGUCAGAUGGAAAUCUGGCUGCUUCCCCUCCACACAAAGGUAGUUGUUUUCUGGUGCUUCCUUUUCAGGAAGUGGAAAAUAGAUUCAACCCACAUGUGGGUAAUUAAUACUAAAAAAAAUUGGCCAGGCACCUAGAUUCAAAACAUGAGGCUUUGCACACUCUCCCGCAGGAGAGAGCCUCCAGCAGAGCUUACAACACUCUCCGAGUUAACCCCCAGAAUAGUGUAGAAAUUGGGAUAUUUUGCCCACUUCACCCCUCUUGCAAUGAACAGUCAACACCCUGUUAAGUAAGUUUAAAAGCUUUACUUACUAAAUCGAAUGGUCUGGUUCAUGCAUUAUUCCAUGCAGCAGCAAGGAGAACACAGGUUGAAUAGUCUUGGGUGUAAAAUACAGAUUAUAGUUUCAAGCAUGUGGUCUGUACUUUGGAACAAGUUCAGACAUGUCCAUCCUGGUCAGUUACAUGACUAGUGGAGAGUGAGCAAAAGAAAGAGAAGCAGCUUUGCUUUCCCCCUCACGGAGUGGCCUAGCUGGUCUUAACCCCUUCAUGCACUAACUAGCACUCAUGCAUGUUUAACUGCAACUCCCACACCUUCCUCCUUCCAUUUUGCUCACAGGAGCUUUAAAAAUACCCUAAGGUGCUGAAAUGCUUUGGGUAGCACACAAAAUGAGGGUGUGUGUGUAACUUGUUUUGGUUUCUUCCUCUGCCAAGCUACAUUUUACAGUGAAUGCAUGUUUUCAUUUGUGUGUGUGUGAUCCUGAACCUGCAACUUUAAAAACAGCAACUACUGCACACACAGAUACAAAUACCUACUUAAUGUAACGUGUAGUUUCGCUCUGUGUCAAGCUGUAUAUUCCAGCAGGGAAAUUGCGUGUGUGUUUGUGUGUGGCUAGGGAAGGGAAGAGCUGUGGAUUGCAGUGUUUGGAGAAAGCAGAAACCAACCUAAUCUGCUGGCUUUCCUGACAGGUGUGAAGACAUCGGACACCCUUCAGGAGGCGAGAAUCAACAUUCUGGACACCAAGAAAUGCAACAGCAGCCAGUGGUACAAUGGGGCCAUGAGUCCUCACACCAUAUGUGCAGGAUAUGAGGAAGGGGGCAUUGACAGCUGCCAGGUAAGGAAUCCCACUGCCAUUUAUUCACACUGGCACCGGCUCGCCAGCCUUGCUGGCAGAGAUAGGUCUUCCUUAGCACAGAUGCUUGCGAUCCCUCUAACUGUCAAACUGCAGAGGAACCGACCCACAAGGCAGGUUGCCUGGGAUGGACAAGACAAGGAGAACUCCUUACCAUCUGCUUUUAUUCAAUAUCCACAGAGAGAGGCUUGGGAAUGUGGCGUCUCAGAAUAAUGGCGUUGCUCCGAGUGAGUCUCCACCCCCUCCGUCUCUCCCACUUCCUCAUGAGUCAUAGCUAUGGGUGCUGGAAAGGGCCUUUAACCUUUGAGCUCUUUGCUCUCCUACUUUCAAGGCCCGCCAUGUCUUGGGAGAGGGAGGGUCUGGAAUGCUUUCUAAAGACACUGAGUCCAUCAGCUGUCACUCCCCUGUGCUUCUUCUCUCUUCCUCCUCCUCUCUCAUUAUUUCCCAGCUUUCCCCCUCAUCUGCCUCUGAGUUGUGACCUCCCUCAAACCCCUGUUGUAAUUCUGAACUGUCUCCUUCUUCUCUGGAAGGGUCAGGCUGGGGAGGCGGUCCCCUCCUCCCUCCUCUGCCCAGUCCCUGGCACUAACUGAAGCUGCCCAGGAUUGAACCUUUGAUGAGCAAAGCAUAUGCUCCGUCGCUGAGCUAAGGAACGCAGCUAAGGAACACCUUUUGCUUUGGGCAACUGGGGCAGUGCCUGUUGGGAUGCGUCUGGGGAGAUGGGGGCAUUUGGCAGGCCCCCAGCUGGCUCCAGCCCUUCGGCCGGCAGCCGGGCAAACUCCGGUUCUUAGAACAGCAUCAAAAACUGCGACUCAAGCCUCAGAGACCUUUAGAGACUGAGCACGCAAGCCAGCAGAGAUAAGAACUCUUUGUAAUGGAAGUAGCGGACAGAGGCAUAUGUAGGCAUAUUUACAGCAUUUUAUUCAGCAGCAAAGGAAAAACAUGUCUGCUUCCCUUCGUGUCCAAGCAAAAAGCAUAGGCAAAAGCUAUAUACAGCGGAAGUUCCCAGCAGACUGUGCUGGAAGUAAACAGACAUGUGACAUACAACAACUCCACAUGCCUGUUCUAAAGGUGGAAUGGGACUAUAUCAUAACAGUGCCCUCUCCCACACACAGUGGACACCAUUUGAACCUAAAACUUGAGACCACUCUUCCUCACCUCUUCCCCUCCACCAAGGGUGGGGAACCUCUGGCCCUCUAGACAUUGCUGAGCUCCAAUGCCCAUCAGCCCCAGCAAGAAUGGCCAAUGGCCAAGGUUGAUGCAAGUUGCAAUUCGUCAGCAGCUGGAGGGCCACAGGUUCACCACUCCUUCCUCACGCUCUAAUAAUACCUUACUCUCUGCUUUCUGUCUGCCUUGCUGCAUGGAGUCUGCAUAACUGUGGCCUGCUUUCCCUCAUCUCACUUCUGUAUUUGGGCUCGUCCAUACUUCUGCUCGUCUCAUGCCCAGAAAGCAUGGGUCGGAGUGGUUUGCCGCUCGAUCUGUGUUGGCGUCAUGUGAACAAUGGGUGAAACUGCACAGUGCUUGGACUCAUGUCUUGAGUUAGCACAUCUUCCCAUGUCUGGAUGUUCAGAGAUGAGGGUGCCAUGUGUACUGAGUUACCAAAGCAACACCCGCGAGGUUGAAUGUAUGACUUGCCGAUUCUUCCACCCAUUGGUCCAGGAAUGUAGACCAAUGGGCAUAGUAGGGCAUUGCUUUCAUUAUGUUCCUGUCCUGUUGCAUGUUUGUGUCUUGUCCUGUUUGCCAUCAGGGUCUGAUUCUGAAUCUGAAAGAGUCAGGGGAAAGGCUGUGGGCCUUACACAGCAGCAUAAGCUACCAUGGGGAUAGUGUUAGCCGAUCUCUCUGUACAUAUGUAUGCUGACUUCAGAGACCAGAUGAAUUGAAUCUAGUAGUAUUUAGCUUUGUCUUGCAUCUGGAGAUGAUAAACAGUUGAUAUGAACUGUGUGGAAGAGGAGUUUUCCCCUUAACUGGGGACUCUGGAAAAAAAACUAUUCUGCUGGGAGCGGGAGAUCUCUGAAGACUCUGCUGGGGCUUCGCAUGCACAGCUGAGGUCGAGGUGUGGUGAGCUGCCAACUGACUUCCACAAGUCACCAGCAACUUGUGCUUUCUAGACACAGGUCUAGAGCAGUUUUCCUUUUGCCCCAGGGAAAACCGGCUCUUUAGUGACAGAUUGGAACCAAUGGCAAUGGGGAAAGCCUGAAGUGCUGUUUGCUCCAACUGAGCACUAAAGAGCAUUUUUUCUGAGGCUGAAGGAGGGAAGCAGCAGGACAAGAGAAAGCAUGAAUAAGCCCAGGGUUAAUCUCCCCCCCCCCUCCAAGACCAUGUCAGGAUGUUGUCGGUGGGUCUCAGCUGUUGCCCAGGAAACUAUAAAGUCAAGGGAAGGUUUCUUACUGUCCUUUUUUAUUCAAUAUUUACAGAGAGAGGAUGUAGAACCCAGCCUCUUGGAUAAUGGCAUUGUCCCGAGUGAAUCUACACUCACCCCCAGGUCUCUCCCACUUCCUCAUUCGUCACUUCUACGGGUGCUGUUAUGUGCCCUCUGUCUUUGAGCUCUUUGAUCUCCUACUUUUAAGGCUUGCAGGUUCUGGGAGAUGGAGGGUCUGGGAAGCUUUCUGAUGAUACCAUGUCAGCUAGCUGCUGCUCCGCUUCUGCCUCCUCCUCCUCUCCCAUUAUUUCCCAACUUUCCCCCUCAUCUGCUUCUGAGAUGUGACCUCCCUCAAACCCAUGUUGUAAAUCUAAACUGUCUUCCUCUUCCCCCUUCCUGGAACGGUUAGGCUGGGGAUGUGGUCUCCACCAUUCUUCCUCUGCCCAGUCCCCGACAGACCUUCUCACCCAAGUUAAUCAAACUAAGGGAUUAGUUGAGAAAACACUGUAGCCCUGUAGUCAUUGGUACUCCAAAAGUGAAUUUGUGCCUCGUACCAUUGAAUUUCAGAUGGAGAACAGAUUUUCUGAAAAUACAAUUCAGACUUUUUCUCCCAAACCAUAAAUCUCAUGGCAGCAUACGCAAAAAUAUGGAGAUCAAUGCAGUUUUAAAACAGACAAUUAAAAAAAAAGCUCAGAACUAAUCAAUUCUGAUAAUCAAUUUUAUGAACAAAUGCAUUUAGAAAGAGCGUCUGCUCUAUUAUGACAAAUGUCAGCUCUUUCCCUGAAGGUACGUUCUAAGGAACUUCACACUCACCUUGGAAACAGACACGGCAAGUUCAUUAUGUAGUGAUAGCGCCAUGUAUUUAAAGCCCAUUUAAAGUACAUGGCUUGCCCCAGAGAAUCCCGGGAACUGCAGUUUGCUGGAAAUUGUAAUUCUGUGAAAGAUAAGUUAUGGUUCCUGGGAUUCUUGAGGGAAGCCAUGUGCUUUAAAUGAAUAGUGUGAAUGUGUUCCUGGUAACACAGUCAGAAACACAAGACGGAUGGGCGUUUCUUGGCAAGCAAUGAUGAGAUGAAUGGCAGGGGGUGAGUCUGUGAUGUCAUGUAGCAGCUAAGAAGGUUCAUGUGGUCUUUGGUCCUGGUGGCUGGACGGGCUUAGACUUGCACCUACACCAUAAGUGUGAGGGGACCUUGCUUUGCUUUCCUGAAAGACUACUUAAGUUCCUUCCUUCCUUCUCUCUGCAGGGCGACAGUGGGGGGCCCCUGAUGUGCAAGACAAGCCAGGAUUCCCCGUAUUACGUGAUUGGCAUCACCAGCUGGGGAAAGGGCUGUGCCCAGGCAAACAACCCAGGAAUCUAUACCUUUACCAAAGACUUCCUUGAAUGGAUCUUGGGGGAGAUGGUGGAAGCCAAAGGGCAGAAGCCCAAGAAGAAGAAGAAGAAGAGAAAGUCACCUGGUGGAAUAACGCUCCUGCCUAACAGAAAGGACAUCUUGACGACACAAGAGCCAGCAACCAACCCAAAGGUGGCCACUGGUCCUCUGUCCACCACCGCUCCUUCAACAGCACCUGAAACCCCCACAGAGGUGCUCACAGUCCCUUUGCCCACAGAUGCUCCAGAAACUUCCUCACAGGUGCUCACAGUUCCUCUGCCCACAAAUGCCUCUGAAACUUCCUCACAGGUGCUCACGGUCCCUCUGCCCACAGAUGCCUCCAAAAAGUCCCCACAGCCACCCACAGUCCCUCCACCCACAAAUGCCUCUGAAACUUCCUCACAGGUGCUCACAGUCCCUCUGCCCGCAGAUGCCUCCAAAAAGACCGCACAGGUGCUCACUGUCCCUCUGCCCACAGAUGCCUCCAAAAAGACCCCACAGGUGCUCACUGUCCCUCUGCCCACAGAUGCCUCCAAAAAGACCCCACAGGUGCUCACGGUCCCUCUGCCCACAGCUGCUUAUCCAAAAGCCCAUGGUGCUCGCUCAACAAAUCCCACCAAACACCAUCCUCGAAGGCCCAAGGCAACUUUGA